AUGAGUCGUGGGGACGAGCGACGUCCACUUAUUCUUGCAGCGGUUCAGGACUCGCCGGUGGCGUUUGACCUCGAUGCAUCAAUUGCCAAGCUGCACACGCUGACCCGUAAGGCCGCCCAGGAGGCUCGCCGGGCCCACGGCAAUGACGGCGGUGACAUUCUCGUCGUCUUUCCCGAGGCCUUUUUGUGCUGCUACCCGCGAGGCUACGACUUUGGCGCCAAAGUUGGAUCGAGGGCUGCCGAAGGCCGCACCUGGUUCCGAAGGUACCACCAAUCCUCGGUGCCCGUCGCUCACGUCGACGGCCCGCACAUGACGGCGAUCAGAGCGGCUGCGAGCGAGAACAACGUCACCCUCGUCGUGGGCGUCAUUGAGCGGUGCGAUGAGCCAGCCAGCGGCCCCCCGAUGGCGAGCUAUGGAAGCGAGAAUGCUGGCGGGCACGGAACACUCUACUGCACCGCGCUCACGAUCUCGCCGCAGGGAGAACUGCUCGUAGCACACCGCAAGCUGAUGCCAACGGGUACAGAGCGCCUAGUGUGGGGCCAAGGCGAUGGUGCUGGACUUCGAGUGGCAGACACGCCGGUGGGCCGGGUGGGCGCCGUCAUCUGCUGGGAGAAUCUCAUGCCCCAGCUUCGCCUCAGCAUGUAUGCAAAGGGCGUCGAGCUGUAUGCAGCACCCACUGCCGAUUGUAGGGACUCGUGGGCCCCCGUGAUGCAAACAAUCGCUCAGGAGGGCCGUUGCUUUGUCGUGAGCUGUUGCCAGUACACUGAGAAGCGCGACCUGCCCGCGGACUACCCUGCGUUCCAGGACAAGCCCGAAGACGAGAUCAUCACCAGGGGCGGCUCUCUUAUCGUUGACCCCCUGGGCAACAUCUUGGCGGGGCCACUCUUUGACCGGCGGGGUAUUCUCACAGCACAAGUGGACCGCAACACGAUUCUCGAGGCCAGAAUGGACUUUGACAGCGCAGGUCACUAUGCCCGGCCCGAUGUAUUUCAGCUUGUCGUCGAUGAAAAGAGCAAACAAGUCACAAUGUAA